CAGUGACUGCGCGAGAGACUGAUCUCUGUAAGAGACGCUACAAACGAAACUACAUUUUCCGUGUAAUUGUACGUGCUGUAUAUUCUCAAGGUGUUAGUGUAAAGCAAGAUAUUUUGCUAAUCUUUUGUGUAUCAGUAUUUAAUUUUGCGUGAUCAAAUACACAAUACGAAGAUGCCGGAAGACGUCACCAUGGUUGGUGCCGGUGAAGUCGAAACCUUCGCUUUCCAGGCUGAAAUUGCACAAUUAAUGAGUUUGAUCAUUAACACUUUCUAUUCCAACAAAGAAAUAUUUAUUCGUGAAUUGAUUUCAAACGCAUCUGAUGCGUUAGACAAAAUUCGUUAUGAAUCACUCACGGAUCCGUCUAAACUGGAUACAUGUAAGGAAUUGUUUAUUAAGAUCAUUCCUGAUAAAAAUGAUCAUACCUUGACCAUUCUCGACUCUGGCAUUGGUAUGACAAAGGCUGAUUUGGUAAACAACUUAGGUACCAUUGCUAAAUCUGGUACAAAAGCAUUUAUGGAAGCUCUUCAGGCUGGUGCUGAUAUUUCCAUGAUUGGUCAGUUUGGUGUAGGCUUCUACUCUGCUUACCUUGUAGCAGAUAAAGUAGUUGUUAUAUCAAAACACAAUGAUGAUGAACAAUAUGUAUGGGAGUCUUCUGCUGGUGGUUCUUUCACUGUCCGUCCUGAUAAUGGAGAGCCAAUUGGAAGGGGUACUAAAAUUAUUUUGCACAUCAAAGAAGAUCAAACUGAAUACUUGGAGGAGUCUAAAAUCAAAGAAAUUGUUAAGAAGCAUUCUCAAUUUAUUGGAUACCCAAUUAAGCUUGUUAUUGAGAAAGAAAGGGACAAGGAAUUAAGUGAAGAUGAAGAAGAAGAAGAAGUAGUAGAGGAAGGAGAGGCUGAAAGUACAAGUAAACUUAAGAUUGAAGAAGUUGAAGAUAAAGAAGAGAAACCUAAAGAUGAAAAGAAGAAGAAAAAGACUAUUAAAGAAAAAUAUACUGAAGAUGAGGAGUUGAACAAGACAAAACCUAUCUGGACAAGAAAUCCUGAUGAUAUUUCUCAAGAAGAAUAUGGUGAAUUUUACAAAAGUUUAACCAAUGAUUGGGAAGAUCAUUUAGCUGUCAAACAUUUCUCAGUAGAAGGACAAUUGGAAUUCCGUGCAUUGCUUUUCAUUCCACGACGUGCACCCUUUGAUCUGUUUGAGAAUAAAAAGAAAAAGAACAAUAUCAAGUUGUAUGUACGUAGAGUCUUCAUUAUGGACAAUUGUGAAGAUCUUAUUCCAGAAUAUCUUAACUUCAUUAAGGGAGUUGUGGAUAGUGAAGAUCUUCCAUUGAAUAUUUCUCGUGAGAUGUUACAACAGAAUAAAAUUCUCAAAGUCAUUAGAAAGAAUCUCGUCAAAAAAUGUUUAGAACUUUUUGAAGAAUUAUCUGAGGAUAAAGAAAGCUACAAAAAAUGCUAUGAACAAUUUAACAAGAAUAUAAAGUUAGGUAUUCAUGAAGAUAGUCAGAAUAGGAAGAAACUUUCAGAAUUGCUUAGAUACCACACAUCUGCAUCUGGAGAUGAAAUGUGCUCACUGAAGGAUUAUGUUGGAAGAAUGAAAGAAAAUCAGAAACAUAUUUAUUACAUUACUGGUGAAAGCAAGGAACAAGUAGCAAAUAGUUCAUUUGUAGAAAGGGUUAAGAAGCGUGGUUUUGAAGUAGUAUAUAUGACAGAACCCAUUGAUGAAUAUGUUGUACAGCAACUGAAGGAGUUUGAUGGCAAACAAUUGGUCUCUGUAACAAAAGAAGGUUUAGAACUUCCUGAAGAUGAAGAAGAAAAGAAAAAGCGCGAAGAAGACAAAACCAAAUUCGAGAAUCUCUGCAAAGUUAUGAAGGACAUUUUAGAUCAGAAAGUAGAAAAAGUUGUAGUAUCAAAUAGGUUGGUUGAUUCUCCAUGUUGUAUUGUCACAUCGCAAUACGGAUGGACCGCGAACAUGGAAAGAAUUAUGAAAGCGCAAGCACUGCGAGAUGCGUCCACUAUGGGAUACAUGGCUGCAAAGAAACAUUUAGAAAUCAACCCAGAUCAUCCAAUUAUGGAAAACUUGAGGCAGAAAACUGAAGCAGAUAAGCAUGACAAGUCUGUAAAAGAUUUGGUCAUGCUUCUUUUCGAAACAGCUUUGUUAUCCUCUGGCUUUGCUCUCGAAGAUCCUCAAAUACAUGCUUCUAGAAUAUAUAGGAUGAUUAAGCUUGGUCUUGGCUUCGAUGAUGAUGACAUACCAAAUGUAGAAGAUGAGAAAAUGGAUGCCGAAGUUCCUCCAUUAGAAGAGGUAGAAGAUGAAAUAUCUAGGAUGGAAGAAGUAGAUUAAGGCUUCUAUUGUUUAAAGCUAUUUAAUUAAAUCCAAAGACUUCUAGGAUGUAGAAAGACUGUUACAAAUUAAUUCUACUUAAGUACUAAACAAUUUUUUUUUGUCUUUCUAUGUGUGACAGAAUGGAGUGCCAUGCUUACUCGAGUAUUGCAUAAUGUGUGUACUACUUACUAUCUCUGUAUUUAUUU